UUGCGUGUUCUGUGGAUGUGGGCGAGGUUGUUCGUUGAGCCGCCUCAGUUGGGAUGGCUGCCCCGCGGGUUUGUGUGUUUCCCUCGGCCCGGGAGCUGGGCCCGGCUUUGAGCAGCUUCGUGUUGGCUGAGGCCGCCCGGGCGGUUAGCCAGCGUGGCCGCUUCGCCGUGGCGGUGUCCGGGGGCAGCCUGGUAUCGCUGCUGGCGGCCGAGCUUCCCGACGCUGCGGCCCGGGAACCCGAGCAUCCUGGGGCCAACUGGAGCCGCUGGGUCCUCGGCUUCUGUGACGAGAGGCUGGUCCCGUUCGAGAGCCCGGACAGCACCUGCGGCCUGUACCGGAAACAACUGCUCUCCAAAAUCUCCAUUCCUAAUAACUACGUCAUUGCCAUUAACCCCAUGCUGUCUGUGGAGGAAGCAGCAGACAAGUAUGCAGAAAGAUUGAGAGAGCUGUUUCCAGGUGAUAACGUGCCAGUGUUUGACCUGCUAAUCCUGGGGAUUGGGCCUGAUGGACACACUUGCUCUCUCUUCCCAGACCAUCCCCUUCUGCAGGAACAAAGCAAGAUCAUUGCUCCAAUCAGUGACUCACCUAAACCUCCACCAAAGCGUAUAACCAUGACCCUACCUUUGCUGAAUGCAGCACGCUGUGCUCUGUUUGUGGUGACUGGUGAAAGCAAGGCUGCUGUGGUAAAGGACAUUCUAGAAGGUCACAGUGAGAACCCGCUCCCUGCUGCUCGUGUUCGGCCAGUGAAAGGUGAAGUGCACUGGUUUAUUGAUGAAGCUGCUGCAAGCAAGUUGACGAUUAAGGUGGAUCGGUCAUCGCUGUAGACACCAACAAAAUGCUGGAUGUUGGUUAAAAAAACAAAGUGCUAGGAAUGCUCAGCAGUUAGGCUGCAUCUGUGCAGAGAGACAAAUGUUUUGUGAUGAGGACCUUUUCCCGGAUCUGCUCCCUGCAUGAUUACAAAACUGCUUUGACAAGAGGUGUCUGAUCUGAAGCAUUAAUUCCCUUUUCCCCCCUCCACACGUGCUGCUAGAACUGCUGAGUAUUUGUCGCCUCAGGAGGUGAAAGGUCUCCUGACAUGCUUAGGUCUAGUUUUUGGUUUAAUGAUCCCAGCUUCCAUGCUGUUUUAAAACAAAACACAAAAAUCCUUCCAGCUAUACAAAGUAUUGCUUUGUUAACUUGUAAUUCUUGUUCCACAUUCCCCACAGAUCCUUUCAGAGCAUUCCAGAAAAUGUUCUUCCUCAAAAGCAGGAACCAAAGCUGAAUGAAAUCACUGGGGUCUUUAGAUGUCACACUUCGGAGAUCUUGAUGAGUAAAUAUUGUAGGGACAUGAUUCUGAUUCUGCCAAUUACUGAAUGAAGUCCUUGGGGAAAUGUAUUUACUGUAUAUAAACUUUUAAAAUUUCUGUUGUUUACUUUCAGUGGUGUCACCCCAGAACUUGGGUUUUAAGUUACUUCCUCCUUGUCCACAUUCCCAACUUUGUUGGUGUUUUUUUUUAGAUUCUGGACACGUCAUGUAAAAGGUACGCGUAACUCCCUUAACCUGAAGCAGCUCAGUUGUAGCAUAUCGCUCGCAGGGUCUGCCUUGUUUGCAGCAGGGUUUCAGCCAAACCACCUCAACUUGGGAACAACCCACGAGGCAGGGUGAGGCCACAUAGCUACACUGCUACCUGCUAGUCCACAAGCAGGUGCCCCAUCUGAAUACUUAACAGUUUUGAUGAGGGUCAGUUUGUUCUUGAGUAAACAGAACCAAUGUGACAGACUGGCAAGUUAUUCAAUAAUGGACCAAAACCCAGUAGGAAACCUUGUAUUCAUUUCCAACCUUAACCAGAGAGUGAUUUGCUCACAGGAUAUUUGUAAGAGAAUAUUGAUUCUUUUGAAUGAGCUGUACAUGUCUGAUUUGGGUUGCAUAUUUAGUUAGCAGUGAUUUUCCCCCCCCCCCCCACAUAUGAUCUGUAGACUUGACUCCUUAGGUUCCAGGCUCAGAUUGAGUUCACCAAACAGCUGGGUAACCUUUUGAGCAUCCAGUUUAUAACUUGUGUUGAAUUCAAAGGAAAGGUGUACUUCCAAUGGUUGGCUGGCAUGUUGUGUUUAUGUUUUGCCCUGCAAGUAGAUACCAACCGUCUACCACCAGCAAUGGGAUCAGUUGUAAGGAAUUAGCUUGGUAAUUGGUUAUUAUGUAAGACAAGUUCCCUUUGAGUUGGCUCGUUGGUUACUUUGGCUGGAAGGAAAAAGUUUGGGAAAUGAUUACUAAUGUAUUGUACAAAAACAAUAAAUAUUGCUUGUACAGGA